AUGGAAGAGAAUCAGUGUUUUAUCUGUGCAGAUGAUUGCACCGAGUCGCACUUUUAUCUUGUUAAUCUUUCAACUAAAAAAUAUAAAACAAAUUACACCUCACUUAUCAGUGAUUUGAUAAAUUCUGAGUAUGAAUUGAGAGUCUCAAAUGAAAACAAAAUUUGUGAAUGUUGUUCGGUGUUGAUAGAGAAAUUUGACGAAUUACAGCAUGAAACAAAAACAGUUAAAAGUGUUCUUAGCCGACAGAUUGCUAAUACAUACAAAAUUGAGACAAGUGAACCAAUGGUUUUUAUGGAUAAAUCAAAAAUUUUCAUUGAGCUCCCUUCUAAAGGAAAUUCAGAAACAAAAUAUUCCUGUAAAUUGUGCCCUCGUUUUGUCACCACUUGCCUUGAUACAGUCAAUACUCAUAUACUGUAUCAUAAGAUAUCAACAGAAGGUAUCAUACAAACACAAGAACUUCUAAAAGAAUUUAAUUCCUCACAAAAACGAAACAAUCCGAUUGGGCGCGAACUUCCAAAGAAGGAACAAAUUAUUAAAACAUCAAUUCAAAGACAUGCUGGCAAUAUACAAAAAGUUAAAAAAGAGGAAACUGAGACAAAGACAAUUCAACAACAGGACACAACAAUUAGCAUCGAUCAGGAAUAUGAUGAGGAAACGCUGGAUUCACUAAUAGAUCUGGAUCUGCUGAAAGAUCCACUUUGUGACUCAAAUGUUAAAAGUCAGAAUUGUAUGAUAGCUGGAUGUACAGAAAAGUUUAAUUAUAUCAAUGAUUAUGUUCGUCAUUUGAAACUUAAACACAAGUCAACAUUGAAUCACAUUUUUGCUGUGGUUAGAGCCAACAUUAAACGUCCUAAAAAAAUGAGUCGACUUAUGUGUCCAUAUUGCUUUACCAAAAUAUCCACAAACGAGGCGCUUGAAUUUCAUGUUAAACAACAUGAAGAUGCUUCCAAAGUCACUCUCUUCACAGAUCGUGUCAAUGAUUUUGUUUCGAAUAUUAUGAGCUCAUCGCGCUGUCAAAUAUGCGAUUGUGAUAUUCUCGAUCCAACAGUUCUCGAUUGCAAUCAUGAGAUUGUCAAGAAUGGAAUGGCACCAAAAAUCGAUUGCAUUUAUUGUACGAAGUUCUUUUAUAGUGGCAAAUUGUACAAUAAUCAUUUAGCUCUUGAUCACAAUUCAUGUUUCAUGUGUGGCUCGAUUUGUGAUGACAAAUCUGUUCUUGCAGAUCACAUAAAGUCGCAUUUAACACACGCUGAAUAUCCUUGUUCAUUCUGCGAAAAUAUUUAUCAAUCAAAAAGUGACAGAUUGAAGCAUAUGAAAGAUCAACAUGUUGAUAAUUGCUGCAAUUACUGUGACGAUUGGUUCUUGGAUGUCAAUGAGUUACAAAAUCAUUUACGAUAUGCUCACGCUGGAAAAAGAAUGGAACAGACUCCAACAAUUUGCGAUGAAUGUGGCGCCAGUUUUAAAAACAAUGAACUUUUCUUAGAUCACCAAAACACGCAUCAGAAACGGAAAAUCUUUAAAUGUUCAUCAUGUAGCGAGUCAUUUCGUUUCCGUUAUCUUCUUAUGGAUCACAUAUCGACUGUUCAUAAUCGUACGAUUGUUGACAAUGAGACAAACUUUUAUAAAUGUUUCAUUUGCAUGUUAGGAUUCUCAUCGCAACAUCGUAAAACGUUUGUGCAACACUUGAAAGAUCAUAAAGCAUCAGCAACUUUCUGCACUGAUUGUAACGCUAAUCUUGAAAACACUCACAAUUUUGAAGCUCAUCGUGAACGUUCACAUCAAGAUUUCUCCUUUCUUGCUGAUAAGAAACAAAUUGGAAGAAUAAAUCAAAGCGAAAAAACAAAAUCUGGCGGCGGUAAAAAUUUACAGAAUAAUAGAAAACAAAAAAUUGGUGGCAAUAAGAAACAUUUAACAAAAGAUGUUAAAAAGAUUGACACAUCAAAUGUUGUUGAUGAAACAACCGAGAAUUUAAGUUUAGAACAAGAAGAUUUAUCUGCUCAUCACCAACAGCAACAAAUUAUGGUGCAAACUGAAGAUGGAAGUGUCCUAAAUAUGAAUAACUUUAUUCUCACUGAAAAUGGAGAGCUAAUUAUACAAAACCUUGAAGGAUUGAUUCCCAAUGGACAAGAGAAUGCCGACGAAAGUUCGAGUGGACAAAUUCAAAUAAGUAACUUAGAACAGUUUUUAAUGGAGCAAGGUUUGACGACGGAAAUUUCUUAUAUUCAACCUGAUGAAGGUCAAGUGAUCAUUCAAAACGAUGAUGGAACUGUCAGUCAAAGUAGUCAUGGAAGUUUGUUACAAAGUUAUAAAGAGAUUUUUGAACACGACGAGAACAUUCCAGCUGAUUUGAUUGUAUCUGGAGAAGAUGAAAAUGCUGCAACUCAGGGAAUGAUUUUGAAUGGAGAUUAUAUGACGAUCUCGUCAAUUGAGCAGCAAACAGCAAGCAAUGGUCAAGUUGAAAUACAAAACCCAACACAAGUUGAUGCAAAUCAAUCAACACUUGAUGAACUUGGAGAUAUUCUGUUGGAAGUAGCUGCAGCAGCUGAAAAAGAAAAGAAACCGAAAGUGACUGAACAGAAAAUGGUUCGCGACUCUUUAUGGGGAAGGAAACGUGCGAAUGAAGUUGCUAACAAAAAUGGUCCAAUAAAGCAACGUGCAACAAAGCGACGACGUGAAUCAUCACCAACAUCAACUGAACCACCUGCAAGUAAUUUCUCGCAAGCUUAUGAAUUUUUUGUGAGAGGAUUUGAUGCUAAAAAGCAUAAACAUCUGUAAGAAUAAAUGCAAAUUUAAUAGUAAGAAAAUGAGAGUGUGUGUGUGUGGCCUUCAGGAUUCUGUACAAACCACAAAAAAUUAUAGGUAAUAUUUAAGGAUUAGGUAUAUAAUAUGUUGAAAAUUCUAAAACAAUUUUUUUCAACAGUUUCUUUCAUUUUUAAUCAUAAAUAUGUCGACAACUUUUUCUUUCAUUUUUCUAUACUUUUUUCUUUAAUAUUUCAAAUUCCUUUUACUUUUAUUAUUAACUUGUUAGGAAUGUUAAAUAAAUAGUAGCAUAGAAUUAAAAUUUGUAAAGUUCAACAAUAAAAAUGUCAUAUAGAUUCAAAUAAAUCUAAGAAGAAAAAAAA